AUGUCCAACACACCAGCAGCAGCCAAACGACGGAAAGCCUGCGAGGCCUGCAGAGUUCUUAAAGCACGCUGCGACCCUAGCGUUGAGGAUCCAGACGAGACCUGCGAACGGUGUUGGAGGGCCGGCAAGGAGUGUGUACCGGCUCAAAGUCGCCGCCAGAGAGACCGAAUAGCGGAUUUGGAGAACCAGGUGGCCGAGCUGACGAAAGCCCUGCGAGAGCAGAAUAUCUCACUCCCGGAAUCCCAAUCGCCUGAUCCCACGGUGAAGCGGAAACGCCAGAAGAGCACCCACGACGAUGAAUGCGAUGCGGUCACAAAUUUCGUGUCGCCAACAACAGCCAGAACCGUCGACCCGGCGACCGACGCCGCCCUCGCUUUUCUCGACGAAUGCGUGCCUCGCUCAGUCCAGCAGGAAGCUUUGGACGUCUACGUAAAGCAAAUGGUACCAGUCUACCCGGUCGUACCUAUCGAUCGAUCAGACUUGGCUGGACUUCGAGAAACCAAUCCUCUCGUACUCCUCUCUGUCAUCACUUUUGCAGCAGCCGGCGAUCUCACCGAGGAUGUGCAGUUUGGUCUUGUCGAGCGGAUUAUGCAUGUCUUUGCACACAAUCUGAUUGCCACCGGAAAUAGAUCGCUCGAACUGGUGCAAGCUCUUCUAAUCGCGGGCUUCUGGUUCCGUGUACGACCUGGAUUGAGGCACGCAACCAUGUGUCAGCUCCUGCAUCUGGCAACCAACGAUGCUAUCGAUCUCGGCAUUGCUGGUCCUCAAGCUCUCAGAUCGCCUGGAGCUGGUCCGAUCAAGAAGUUCGACAUAUGCUCACUCAGCGCACGACGAACCUGGCUGGCUUGUUUCGUUGCACAGGCCAGUCUUUCCAGCGUGACUAGACGACCAGACGCAGUGACUUGGACACCGUACCACGACGAGAGCCUCUUGCACUUGACUACAUCGUCAGAGGCCCUCCCGACCGAUGGCCUGUUCGGUCAGAUAGUAUCAGCGGAGAAACUCCUUUACCAGAUUGCUACGUGCGUUGGACUAUGUGAUCCGUCUUCGAUCUGGGACCCGAAUACUCCAGCAUCCAAAUUCAUGGUCUCAACUCUUCGGCAAGAGAUCGCUCGAUGGAGGAUCGGGCUUACUGGAGACCCAGCUCUCAACUUCUAUCUGCACAUUGCUGUGGCGUACUUGAACGAACCGAUCCUACACACGGCAACGAACAAGCUCUCGUUCGCCGUCCCGCCUUCUCCAAACAAGAUACAACCAGAAGACUUUGCCGCUAUGCCCGUCACAGUCGAGCGCUUUGCGGCACUCUAUGCGCUACGGGAUGCUCUUCAUGGUGCUUUGGACGUUGCCCUGGAGUUGGAUACGAACACACUUUUGGGCGUGACAUCCUUAUCAUAUAUUCCCAGGAUCCUCUACUCGCUUUUCGUGCUUAUCAAGCUCUACAUCGCGGUUAGUGCCCCUGGAAACACUUAUGGAGCGGUACUGGAUCGAGGCGAAUUACGGAUAGAAGAAUACUUCGCCCGCAUGAAGCCAGUCGCAAUAGCUCUUCGCAACGCCAACCAGAGUUCCUUCAACAGCAAAAUCCUAGGCGCCUACGUCCUCUUCGAGAACUGGUUCAACGACUACAAGGCCAUUAUCGACGACUACCAAAAGAACACUACCGCCAACGCUGGACCCGAGAUAUACUACCAGAGCGAUUCACUAUUCGGCCAAGAAGAACUGGCAGACUUUUACAAGGAACCAAUCUUCAACGAUGAUCUGUCGCUGGCUGGUUUGCAGGAUCAAGAUCUGAUGUCUAGCAUCUUUUCGGAUCAGCUACCUUUCCCGAUGCCUGAUUUGCAGUCUGUAUGGCAAGGCGGGCUUGAGUGA